AUUAAUCAAUUUAAUUGUCAUGAUUGAAAUUUAGAAAAAAAAAAAAACUUUAAAAACAUCAAAUGUCUGAUCUACAAUUGAUGAAUGAUUAUUUUGAGAUUCUUGAGAAAUGUCAAGACCCCGAUGAGGCAUUCAAAGAUAGUCCUGGAGAAAAAUCAUUUGCUACUGCUUGGUUAAGAAAACUUUGCAACGAUAUCUAUCGCAGAAAUGAGGAAAAACAAACAAGGAAUCUUUAUUUACUUCAAUUAUCCAGAUGCAUAAAAAAUGGAGAACUCAAUCAACUUUUUAUGUCACUUCCACCCAAAGGUAAACUUAAACCUUUGGAGAGUCCUUUCAAAAUCAAUAUCGAUCCUAAGUUAAUUGUCGGUGAAAUGGAAAUUGCUGCUCAGGAAUCAAUUCCACAUUCGAGUCCGAGAAAUUAUCAAACUCACAUGAGUACAAAAUUAUUUGAUAACAAUCAAGGAGCUUGUGCAUAUCUCGCGGUUUCUUUGGGAGAUCCCAAAGAUGGACCAAUUUGGAUGGAAAUGGGAAAUAAAGGAUCAUCAUUUCAAACUAAUAACAUUAAAGAGGAAAAUAUUUUGGAAGACUGUGAUUCAUAUGAUGAUGAUAAUGAAGAAGUCAAUUUGGAAUUUCUUGAACUUUGUUUACAUCACACCGCUAAUGAGAUUGCAGGUCUUGCAGAACCUGGUCAGUGUCCUUUGUUAGAAGAACAACUACAACUUUAUGAAAAUUUUAUCAAGAACUACGAUAUUGGAGUUGAUGCAUGUCAUUUGAGCAAAAGUGAGUUUAGAACAUUUUUGCUUAUGAACUUUCAAACGGAUUUGUUGCAUGCACUUCAGCGGUUCAAGUAAAUAAU